AUGGUUAUCUAUGCACUCAACACAAAAAAUGACGAGCACGAAGCAGCCAUCGCGACGCUCAAAGAGGCCCACGAAGAGGAGGUUCAGCAAAUUCUGUCCGAGACCAGAGAGAAGAUUCUACAGUACAAGAGUAAGAUAAGUGAUGAGUUGGACCUGAAGCGGCGCAUUCAGUCUUUGGAAGAAUCCAUGGAGCUGCACGAGAGGAUGAAGAGGCAGGCACUCGCUGAGUUUGAGAGCUACAGGCAACGCGUGGAGGACAUGCAGCACUGUACAGAGGCCCAGCACACGCAGAGGGUGGUGUCCAUGUCACGGGAGGUGGAGGAGAUGCGGCGGUCGUUCGAGGACAAGCUGCGCUCCUUCAGCUCGGCCCAGACGCAGUUCGAGCAGGAGAAGAAGGUGGGACUGGAGGAGCUGAAAGGAGAACACCGGCAGGAGAUCCAAGAGCUCUUGCGCAGCCACCAGAGCCAGAACGCCAACUACAGCAAAGACCAAGAAAAACUGGUGCAGCUCCACAAAGCAGAGGUGGAUUCUUUGUCAGAGCGAGUGGAGGAGCUCAAACAGGAUAAAAAGCGGCUGGUGGAGGAAUAUGAAGCCAAACUCAGUAAGGCACAAGCCUUUUAUGAACGUGAACUGGAAGCCAUGAAGAGGACUCAGCAGCUGACCGCAGACAACCUCCUGGCCUGGAAACGCACAGAAGCCGAGCUACGACGGGAAUUUCAAACCCAAGAAGCAGCUUUGCAGAAAACCCUGGGAAAACUACGGACAGAGCUGGCCAGAGUCACGGACGAUGCCAGAGAAAACAGAGAAAAAUCCCACAAACUCCAGUCUUCACUCAACGCCGCAGACAGCACCAUCAAGGACCUAAACAAGCAGCUGGACGAGGUUACGCAGAACUCCGAGAUCGUGGAGAUCCGCCAAAAGGAGGCCGAGUGUGAGCUGGAAGCUGCCAGAGACCGCGUCCAGCAGCAAGCCACAGAAAUCCUGCUCAAAGCCAGUCAGAUCAGCAACUUGCAGGCCACGCAGAUGACCCAAGAGGCGGCCAUCAGGGACCUGGACAACGAGCGCAGCCGGCUGAAGGAUAAGGUGCUUCGGCUGGAGGAGGAGAGGGAGGCCAUGCUCACACAGGGACAGGCGCUGGACGAUAGGCAGAAGCAGCAGAUCCAGUCUUUGGAGAAGGCGUUUCGAGAGGAGAGGGCCUCCCAUGAGAAGGACAUCGGCAGCCUGCGAGCGCGUUACGAGGAGGAGGCCUGCCAGAUGAAGGACGGCCAGGCCAAAACGCUGGAGGAGGUGUCUAAGAAGCACCGCCUGAGCCUGGAGAACGCACUCAACUGCGCUGAGAAGGACAAGACCCGACUUUUGGCUGAGCUGGAGCAGCAGUUUCAAUGCGAGCGUCUGUCGCUGGAGGAACAGAAGAGCCUCCUGCUGCAACAACUGGACGAGCUCCGAGAAGAACUCACCACCAAAUUGACUUCAGCCAAUGAACAGGUGUCCUGGCUGCAAAGGGAGGUGCAUCAAGGGGAGCAGAAAUUGGAUGCAGCCGAGGGACAGAUCUCCUCACUGAAGGAGGCCCAGGACAAACUGUUGGAGGAAUUGGACGCCACCAGAGGCCGCCUCCGAGAGACCAGCAACCUUCUAUCAGCUCUGCAGGGGGAGCUGGAGACGCAGAAACGACAGCACGAAGCCAAACUCAUCACAACCAAAGAGGAGGAGAAGAUGAAGAUGGACAAGAUGGCACUGGAGCUGGAGCUAAAGUGGACAGAGACUCUCAGACAGGAGUGUAAGAAACUUCGGGAGGAGCUCAGAGAGGACCAUGAGGAGGACAAGACGAACGCUCUGGCUCAACUGUCCCAGACCAAAGAUCAAGAACUGUGUAACGCGCGGGAGAGCUGGCAACGCAAGGUGGAAGACUUACUCGAACAGAUCUCACUGUUGAAGCAGAGCCUGGAGAUGCAGUUGUCCCAGUCGCAGUCGUCUCUGCAGCAGCUUCAGGCUCAGUUUAGUCAGGAGAGGGAGCACCUGCGUCUGCAACUGGACGAGCUGCAGACGGAGCACCAGCGCAGACAGCACCGGCUCCAGGAGAGCCACUGCUGCGCCCUGCAGGAGAAGGAGCACAGCCGCCAGAGGGACCUCAAGGAGCUGGAGGAGCGCAUUCGCCAUCACCACCACGUUGAGCUCCAGUCCCUCAGAGAGGCCCAUCGCCAGAGCAUCGAGACGCUCAAGCAGCAGUCAGAGCAGGAACUCCAGACGCUGAGAUUUGAACUGGAGGACGAGGGGAAAGCCAUGCUCGCUUCGUUGAGGUCCGAGUUGAACCACAUCCACGCGUCGGCCAUCGAGCACAUGAGGCAAACGCACCAACAGGAGACUUCUGCAGCCAAGAUGGAGCUUGAGAAGGUUCUGGAGAACAACAGGAUACAGGAGAGUGAGAUGGUGGGCCGCAUGUCGGAGCUGCAGGACGAGGUGUCCAAGAGGAAGAGCCACAUAGCCCAGCUGGACCUACAGAUCCACACCCUCAACGAGAACAUCAGCUCACUCACCAAGGAGCUGGAGAUGAAGGGCAAAGAGGUGCUCAAGAUCCGCAGCGAGGCCAACCAACAAAUCAGAGCGCACGAACAGGAGCUGCUGAAGAGACAUGAGCGGGAGUUGUCCGAGCUGAGCUUUGCGCACAGCAGAGAGACCCAGAACAUGUUAUCAGACUUCAACAAAGCCCAGGAAGUGCUCAAAGACAAGAUUUCAGCCCUGCAAAUCCUGUUGGAGGCGACAGAGGAUAAAUUUAGGAACAGAGAGAGCCGUCAUGAAGACCUGCAGAUCAUCGCAGAACUCAAAGACAUGGUCACAGAGAGAGAAUCCCUCGUCAAAAAACUGGUGGACGAUAAGAAGUUCUACCAGCUGGAGUUGGUCAACAGAGAGACAAACUUCAACAAAGUAUUUAACACCAGUCCAAAUGUAGGAGUCAUCAACCCUCUCAUAAAGCAAAAGCGAAAGAAUGAGAAAUCCUCCACCACCAGAUUGAGCAGCUCUUCUAAUGUCAGGGGGCUGGAGGCUGCCGGUUUGGGCCUGGCCGGUACAGGAAGUGGGCCCCUCCCACAUCCUGCUCCGCCUCACGCCCCCCGCCUAGACCCCCUCCCCAACUCCCCCCUGCAUCACCUAGAGCUCAACUCCAACAAACCUCUUCCCCCGCCGACCCCUCCCACCGAAACCAAGAAGUUCAUGAGCCCUCCUGAGAGCAAGGACCCGUCCAGCCUGGACUCCCCCGAUGCCCAGCGUCAGGAAUGGUUCGCCCAGUACUUUUCCUUUUGA